GGGUGUAUUUGCGCGUGCGUGCGUGCGUGUUCUUCAGUAACCGAAGUCACCGUGAGCGCGCCUCACUUGACGGCUCCUCCCGAGCAUCAUGGAUCCACAUCUGAUCUGAAAGUUGGUGUGGAUCGGUCACCAACGGUGUUCCCGCUUUGUUAUCAUCGCGUGAUUCUGCCGCAGUGACCUCGCGGCGGGGUGGGCUCCGGUAACGCGCUCCUGUGUUCCGUCAGCAGCAGCAGGGAUGGACGCGGUGGUCCGACCGGAGACCUCUUCUCUGCCUCCCGCUGAGCCGCGCGAGGUGAGGAGGUGCGGGACGGAGGAGGAGCGGGACGCGUGGCGGGCGCGGGAGGACGUGGACCCGGCGCGCACACUGGAGGGGCUCGAGGCGGCGCGGUGCGGUCUCGCGGAGCUCUGCUACCGUAGACGCAGACAGAAGCUCCGGGUUCGGCACGCGCUGACGCUCCGGUCUGACGCCGGUCCUCUGACUCCGGUCAGCUCCCGGGAGGCGGAAAACCGGGUAACCGGGUACCACCGGGGGGUCUACCCGGGUAUGGAGGAGCAGCUCGUGGAGCAGAAUCUGGGCUGUUUGCUCACGCGGGAUGCGGGGUUGAUCGGCCAGCUGAAGGAGUUGGAUCACCAGAUGAAUGAUCUCCGAUUGGACGGAGAGGUGUCACGUGACCAGGAGACAGUCAGCCGGGCCAGCUCAGGUUUCUAUGAGUUGAGUGAUGCUGUCUCAAGCUCUCUCUCUAACUCGUCCAACUCCGUCUUCAGUGAAAGUUUGUCCAGCUGUCCUUCCAGUAACUUUGACUCCGCCCACUACCACACUAAUGGCUCCACCCAUUACCACACUGUUGGCUCCUCCCACUACCACACUGUUGGCUUCUCCCUGUACCACAACGUUGGCUCCUCCCAGUUCCACACCGUUGGCUCCUCCCACUGUCUCCUACAUGGACCGCCCCCUCUGAGUGAUGAGGGUGAGGUCACCCAUCUUUUUUACGGAACGAUCCGGCCCCCAUCUGGCGCCCCCUCCUCCCUGCAGAGCCCCAUCCCCCCCCCGGACCCCCCCGCAACCCCCCCGGACCCCGACCCAGGUCCCCAGCCCCCGGGUCCCCGGGGGUCUGCCGGUCUGACCGGACCCCCCCCCCCGGUGGCGGCGGAUCGCCACGCCCGUCUGGACGGCUACAUCUCCGCCCUGCUGCAGCGAAGGGCCCCGCCCCCCAGGCCUGGCCGGCCCCCCAGGCCCGGCCGGCCCCGGACCUCCAUCACCACCGACCCCUCCCAGGGCGCGCUGCGGGGGGGCCCACUGGGGGGCAACCACCCCAGAGGGGUCUCCUGCGAGGUGGACGCCUUUCACACGCUGGCCCCGUGCUCGACGGCGCCCCCUGCAGGCUGCUACCUGCAGGCUGCUACCUGUUAG